AUGGAGAAUGCGGUUAAACGAGAAUUGUAUGAAGAAACAGGUCUAAAAAUUAAAUACGGAUUAAGCUUAAUUGGGGUUUUCAAAAAGCAGGAUUAUGAAGUUUAUGUUUAUAAAUUCCUAGUUGAUGAUGUGAAUCAAGUUCGGUUAAAUGAACCUGAUAAACACGAAGAAUGGUUUUUUACCAAUAAAUUUUACGAAUAUCCUUUAACACCAAGUAUGGAAUUUUUUAAACAAAGGAUUCUUGAGAGUGUGAUACCGUAUUAUAUUGUUUUUUCGGGGGCUACUUGUGUUGGUAAAUCUACAAUAAUAAAACAAAUAGGAGAAUAUAUAGAAGAUAGAGGAUUUGAAGUAUGUAUUGUAAAUGAAUCAAUAUUGAAAGGAGAUGAAUAUUUAUUAAAUUUAAAAGAGAAAAAUAUUGAAGCUUUUGAAUAUGGAUUGUUAAAUAGAUAUCAUAAUCGUCGUAUUGAAUUAGCAAAAGAAAUUAAUUUUAAACGAUUUGUAAUUGUUGAUAGAGAAGUUUUUGAUGGGGAUAUUUAUAAACAAAUUUAUGGGUUUGAUGGGAAGGUUAUUAUGAAAGAACGAAUGCCAAGAUUGAUUAAUACUCAGAUGUUGCAAACCGAAGAAAUUAGACAAUGUUAUGAAAAUAAUUUUUUAAAUAUUUAUCCUGAUGCUAUAUUAAUUGAAAAUAAUGGUAAAAUUAGAAAUACGAUUGUGAUUACGGGAACGAUUGGUGCUGGUAAAACUCAAUUUGCACAAAGUUUACUUCAAAAUUUUGAAAAAGAAGGAAAACGAGUUUUACUUGGAAAAGAAGUUUCCUUGUUGAUCGAAGAAGAACUUAAUCUUUAUUAUGAGGCGCUAAAUAAUAAUCCAAAAGAUGAAUCAAUUGUCUUUUGGUAUCAAGAUAAAAUUAUUCAAGAAUACCAAAAAUAUAUGAAUAGUAUCACAUAUUGGAUGUACGAUAUUGUUAUUCUUGAUCGGUCAUAUUUGGAUGUUAAUUUUUUUUCUACAUUAGCUAUUAAAAGUGAUUUUGAGUUUAUCAAAGAGAAUUGGUGUAUCGGUGUUAAAUCAGAUCUUAGUUUAGUUGAUAAUUAA